UCAAAAUUGCAUAGCAUUUGUUUUGCCUCUAAUGUGCUACUUUGGGGUAAUUACACUGUGGCUAACAUUCCUGUAUAUGUAUCCAGACAACGUUAAUAUUUUGGAAGGAUUAUUAACUAAAAUAUGCAAAUGUGAAGUAUCUAAGAUGAAGAGAUCAAUUUCAGUUUGUAAAGGUGCGUCGUUUUUCCUGAUGACCGUUUUGUUGUUAAUCAUAUUGUUCGUGAUUUCAAACCCAAGAGACAACAGCUCGAAAAACCUCGCUAUGUUAUGCAGUGUGGCACUACUGUUUGGAAUUACUGUUUCUGUUCUUUGUUUGAAUAUAAAAGAAGCAGAUGUACAACCGGCACGAACUGUGCCCUCUGAUACAAAUCCUGAGGAAAUAUCUACCUCACGUUUAGUGGCAAUAGAAGGACAACCGGUUCCAACUGCGACCACUGCUCCAGCUUCUCAGGAAACAUUAACCUCGGAAACAGCUUUACCGAGGCAAGCCAAUGAGGGCCCUUCUCACAGGUCUGUGUUAAAAUGUCCCUUAAAAAGAGAUCAUGUAUCAAGGUCAACUGAAGACAGAAAAGGAUACAGUCCUCUUCGAACAGCCGAAAUGGAAACUGAAGAAUCUACUACAUCCAUAGAAAGAGAAGAAACACAAUAAAACAUACCGUUGUUUGUUCUUGAAAAACAACCUGAAUCAUCACAUGAACAUGAACGGAAAAAGCGAAAUGAAGGAACGACAAUUGCAAUGCAAGAAGCAGAAGGAUCACAAUAUUACAGAUGCAAAUAACUACACUGACUUAUUUGAACAAGCUGAUCAUAGAAGAAGUUCGAUUGUAUUGUUAACGACGGAAAUUGAUUGAAUGCGUUUUUACAUGGCUUAUUUACUACGUAUAGUAAAUGGCAUUACUUGUUUGGAUGGACUUAGCAGUAUGAUGCAUGAUUAUAAAAGAAACAUACCAAAAAAUGGACAGAAAAUGCAUCUGCAAUACAAAAAAACAAACAAAAGUCUACAAAAAUAUCAAUUAGAAAACUUUAGACUGAACAACCAGCAAACUAAAGCGGAAUGAUUCCAAGUUCUUCAGAGGAUAAGCAGAUCUUGUUUUACAUGUUAUUUAGGUUGUGUUUCGUAUGCACAGUACGAGUUGUCUUAACAGUCUAAUUGGGUGAUGUUACAAUAAAAGAACAUUUCGAUUAAUGCUAAUUGAAGCGUACAGGACAGUACAGGGUACAUCAAAAGUAUAAAUAAUCUUACUCAUUAUUUACAAAAAGACAUUAAAAGUAUUAUGGAAUAAAAAUAUAUCCUUAAACAUUGUAGGACAUUCAUAAUAUCUUAGAUGAACCGUCGACAACUUUUACUACAAACACAAUCAUAUGAACAUGUUUGUUGCAAUAUUAUGGUCUUUUUGUUUUGGAGUUGCGGUCGCAACAUUAUGUCAUUCUGUUUUUGUUUUUAUUAAAAUUGGACGUAACUACCGUUUAUAUAUUUUUAAAUAGGUUGCUUUGUGUACGUUUUCUACAAGUCAAUUCUGCAUGUUUAGUCUAGAACCGUAUUGCAAGUUUAAUAUCUCAACAUGUUGAGGUCUUUAUUUACAUUUCUUUUUCUUUGUUUGGUGGGUGUACUUUUCGAGAUAGUGUUAAUAAAUUUAUAUACACAAAACGUAUUUAUAAUUUUCAAGGCAACUGCCUAAUACAGAUCAUUAUAUUUUGAGCUCAAUAGCAUUUUAAAUUGGCACUGGUAUUGAUCUGAUGAUAUUUACAUAUUCCACAUCAUUAUAAGUUUGUAUAGACCACAACAACUUCAAAUAUUAUUUUCUUAAUUGAUGUUUUAUAAAAUGUACUCAUAAAGACCGGUAAAGAGAGGAUAACACAAAACAUUUUGGGAUUUAAUUAAUAAUGUUGAGUUCAUGUUUAAAUUUUUAUUUGUGUACGAGCAAAACGUCUUUAAAAAUAACUUUUGAUGAUUUCAGCUAGGACAUCUGACUUUAGCAAAAUUAUAUACAGAUACAUUUAUGAUAAAUAUAACGUACAAUAUGACUUACAAUGACUUAAUUGAUAAUUCUUAAAUUAAAUUAUCUUCCAACAGAGAAUUAGUUUUAAGGAAUACAUACAUCUGUCAGUGGUCAUUACAGAAAUCGAAUUUUAUAAUUGACUAUAAAAAAAAAUGAUUUUUUAGAACAAAAAACUCAAAUAAACCAAAAUGGAUUCCCGAAAGACAAGUCAAAGACAAAUGUUUCGAGUUUUCCUCUAGAUUCCUCCUUAGAAUGUAUCAUAACAUUUCAGAAAAUUGUGAUUUCAAGGGGGAUUGAUAGAAGCCACCAGUUCUAAAUCACGAGUGAAUUUCAUCCCCAUUGUUAUAUGUUUGUCUUGUGUUUGAAUUUAAGUGAAAUUUGUAAUACACGUUAUCGCUAAUCCCGGCUGACCCAAACGCUUGAUCUUUUGACGCAUACAACAUGUACAACAAUCACUUUUCCAUUGUGGCGUCAGAAAUUUUGUUUUAUGACGUCAAAAUUUUACGGGAACCUGUGUAAUAUCCAGUAAUGGCGGUAUAAUACUGGAAUUUUCCAAAGUAAGCGAUACAUAUUGUUAUGGGAUAUCACUCACCGAAGUAAAAUACCAGCUAGUGUUAUUACAUUCGUACUUAAUUUCGAACACGGGACGCACUUUAACAAUGUAAAGUGAAGUGGGAACCAUAUUGGGAUGAUAGCAUACCAUCCGUUUAAAACCAUUCGGGUCUGGAAUUGACGAAGGACGUUAACAGCUGAGAAAUUUACAUGAAUAACCAUGUACAAAUAAUUUCCCUAAUGCUAAGAUAAAUAAUUUGAUUUUUAAUUACCUCUUCAUGGUUUGUUUGACUCUUAAAUUUUUCUCCAGAGGACAUCAUUUGAUAAUCACUUAAAGUCGUUAUAUGACUCGAAAUUUCAAUCACUUGAAUACUUUUAUUACUAUUUGAUAAACACAAAAGAAGUUUCAGGAUAAGACACAAUUAUGUUUAAAUAAUUAUGAAAUGUUAACAAUACCCACUUAGUAGCAAUUCUUAUAAAAAUCAAUGUUGUUCAAUUAAUGUAGUUGACUGUGUUCGUGUGUUGUGUUAUUAUUCGCUUAUAGGCUGAUAUUAUGAGGUUUUUUUGGUUGACAAACAAAUAUACUAACAUUUAGUUAAUUUAACAUUAUCUAUACAUGCUAUAAGGUCAAAAUAUGAAUAUGCUGAAAAUUGUAAACAUUUUUGAUAAUAUUGUUAAUAACUAUUUUUCGAUAGUCUGUUCAGAUAUUUCUCCUGCAGUCACUGAACGAGCAAGAAACGUUUGUAUCAACUUGCAAUCGGAAAGUUUAAGACACCAAUCGACAUCAUGAGAGGUGUUGGUAAACGUAAAAUAUGUUUUUUUUUAAAUUCGCUUUAACAUUGAACCAUGGAACUGAGGUAAAAAAUAUGAUUUCUAAGUUAAACAAAAAAUAACUUAUUAUCAGUUAUAAUGGUCAGUGUUUUAUGUAAUGCAUUUUUUAGAUGAAUCAGGGGCUUUUUACAUGAGCAAUUGGCAAUAAAACACUUGAUCAUUUUUGGUAUUUGUACAUUCCCAGACUAUGUAAUGUUAGAGUUUGAUCGGUUUUAUCAGAGAAAGCCUUUCGGAUGCACGAAAAAAAGCGAUAAUUAUAUUUACAUGUAAAAGUAUUAAAAUGAUUGUGAUAACCAAACAUUAAUGUGAUAAAUUGUGAUAUUUUCUAUUUAUUAAAUCAAUGUUUGUAUGUGCAUUUAUACUUAUGAACGUGUUUUUAUAAUCAUAUAUAUAGCUUCAAUAUGUAAUGAAUAACACAAUAGUAUUUGUUGAUUGUUUGGUUCAAUCAAAAGAUUUUUGGGUUCAUUUCAAUGAUACAUAUGUUUUUGUUAGAAGUUUUAUACAACACUGUCGUUUGAUAUUGAUGAUUUAUAUUGUGUCGUUAAGAGACCACAAA